CACGGUGCACAAGCGCAGUGUGGGGGGUUUCACCGCGGAUUCACGGUGCGCAAACGCAGUGUGAGGGUAUCCCCGCGGAAUCACGGUGCGCAAGGGCAGUGUGAGGCUGGCUCUCAGCUCUGUCAUGGCGUCGGGGGUGCUGUUCCGAAGUGUUUUCAAUUCCUUCAGACAAAGUCUUUCUCUCAGCCGGACCAUCCUGUUCACACAAACCAGGGAGAAGAAAAGAUGGAUGAAAUCUUACAUGUUACUAAUGGAAAGAAAGAAAAAACUUGAAGGGCCCCCACCGCCUCGACCUCGAUCACAGCAGCCAAACUGGAACUAUCAUGCUGAAGUAGAGGCCUUUGGUCAACGUCUUCAUGAGAAUUUCAACCUGGACCUUCUCAAAACAGCGUUCAUCAAUCCCUGUUAUAUUACGUUUGAGGAAGCACGCCGCCGGGAACUUAGACUGGAAAGAGAGGAGAUCACAUUAAAUCUCAAAGACAAUCAGCAGUUAUUUGAGAAAGGCUCACUGUUUUCAGAUACUUACCUCCAAGACUGUUUUAGUAAUGCCUACCCAAACUUACCUGCCAAUGGUGUUAAGGCAUUUACUACUCACAUCACAGGGUCAGGGAUUGUGUGCCAUGUUGCCAGAAACUUAGCUGUGGAAGACUUGAUACUAAGUGCAGAGUUCCCAGUGCCACAGGAGGUUUUACAAAAGACGUUCUUUGCUGUUGUUGGAGCUUUGCUUGAGAGCAGUGGACCUGAAAGAGCCAGCUUAUUUAUCCGGGACUUCCUCAUUUCUCAACUUAUUGGGAAAGAUCUGUUUGAAAUCUGGCCUCUUGUUAAUCCCAUGGGACUAUUGGUGGAAGAGCUGAAGAAGAGGAAGAUGUCUCUUCCUGAGUCCAGACUAACCAGGCAGUCUGGAGCCAGCACUGUGCUCCCGGUGUAUUUCGUUGGACUAUACAGUGAUAAGCAGCUAAUUGCAGAAGGACCUGGUGAAACUGUGCUGUCAGCUGAAGAAGAGGCAGCACGAGUAGCGCUGCGUAAAAUUUAUGGUUACACAGAAAACAGACGACCUUGGGAUUAUUCAAACCACAUAAAGCAACCUGUGGCAGCCAAGGUUCUGAGCAAUUAAUAUGCUGGAUUCAUUCUAUGUGACUUACAUCAUCCAAAUAUUAGCUCUGGUUAUGGCACCUUAACCAUUGUGCAAAUAUUCAUGAUUUUGCAGCUAUAAUAAAGAUAUUCAAAAUCA